AACAGUCCGAGCAGCUUUCAGAAUGACAGUCUGCAGAAGUGAGCUGAGCGUGUGCGCGGUACGGGGCUCUCCUGCCUUCUGGGCUCCAACGCAGCUCUGUGGCUGAACUGGGUGCUCACCACGGGAACUGCUGCGCUAUGGAAUACAGAUGUGGCAGCUCAGGUAGCCCCACAUUGCCUGGAGGAAUACAUCAUGUUUUUCGAUAAGAAGAAAUUGUAGGAGCUAGUUUUUGUUUUUUUUUAACCGUCCCCCCGCCCCCCAAAAAACUAUAAAGAUGCAAAAACGUAAUAUCCAUGAAGAUCCUAUUACCUAGGAAGAUUUUGAUGUUUUGCUGCGAAUGCGGUGUUGGGAUUUAUUUGUUCUUGGAGUGUUCUGCGUGGCUGGCAAAGAAUAAUGUUCCAAAAUCGGUCCAUCUCCCAAGGGGUCCAAUUUUUCUUCCUGGGUGUCAGCGAGCCCUGACUCACUACAGUGCAGCUGACAGGGGCUGUCAUGCAACUGGCCCCUAAGCCAAAGCAAAAGACCUAAGGACGACCUUUGAACAAUACAAAGGAUGGGUUUCAAUGUAAUUAGGCUACUGAGCGGAUCAGCUGUAGCACUGGUUAUAGCCCCCACUGUCUUACUGACAAUGCUUUCUUCUGCCGAACGAGGAUGCCCUAAGGGCUGUAGGUGUGAAGGCAAAAUGGUAUAUUGUGAAUCUCAGAAAUUACAGGAGAUACCCUCAAGUAUAUCUGCUGGUUGCUUAGGUUUGUCCCUUCGCUAUAACAGCCUUCAAAAACUUAAGUAUAAUCAAUUCAAAGGGCUCAACCAGCUCACCUGGCUAUACCUUGACCAUAACCAUAUCAGCAAUAUUGACGAAAAUGCUUUUAAUGGAAUACGCAGACUCAAAGAGCUGAUUCUUAGUUCCAAUAGAAUCUCCUAUUUUCUUAACAAUACCUUCAGACCUGUGACAAAUUUACGGAACUUGGAUCUGUCCUAUAAUCAGCUGCAUUCUCUGGGAUCUGAACAGUUUCGGGGCUUGCGGAAGCUGCUGAGUUUACAUUUACGGUCUAACUCCCUGAGAACCAUCCCUGUGCGAAUAUUCCAAGACUGCCGCAACCUGGAACUUUUGGACCUGGGAUAUAACCGGAUCCGAAGUUUAGCCAGGAAUGUCUUUGCUGGCAUGAUCAGACUCAAAGAACUUCACCUGGAGCACAAUCAAUUUUCCAAGCUCAACCUGGCCCUUUUUCCAAGGUUGGUCAGCCUUCAGAACCUUUACUUGCAGUGGAAUAAAAUCAGUGUCAUAGGACAGACCAUGUCCUGGACUUGGAGCUCCUUACAAAGGCUUGAUUUAUCAGGCAAUGAGAUCGAAGCUUUCAGUGGACCCAGUGUUUUCCAGUGCGUCCCAAAUCUGCAGCGCCUCAACCUGGAUUCCAACAAGCUCACAUUUAUUGGUCAAGAGAUUUUGGAUUCUUGGAUAUCCCUCAAUGACAUCAGUCUUGCUGGGAAUAUAUGGGAAUGCAGCAGAAAUAUUUGCUCCCUUGUAAACUGGCUGAAAAGUUUUAAAGGUCUAAGAGAGAAUACAAUUAUCUGUGCCAGUCCCAAAGAGCUGCAAGGAGUAAACGUGAUCGAUGCAGUGAAGAACUACAGCAUCUGUGGCAAAAGUACUACAGAGAGGUUUGAUCUGGCCAGGGCUCUCCCAAAGCCGACGUUUAAGCCCAAGCUCCCCAGGCCGAAGCAUGAGAGCAAACCCCCUUUGCCCCCGACGGUGGGAGCCACAGAGCCCGGCCCAGAGACCGAUGCUGACGCCGAGCACAUCUCUUUCCAUAAAAUCAUCGCGGGGAGCGUAGCGCUUUUCCUGUCCGUGCUCGUCAUCCUGCUGGUUAUCUACGUGUCAUGGAAGCGGUACCCUGCGAGCAUGAAGCAGCUGCAGCAGCGCUCCCUCAUGCGAAGGCACAGGAAAAAGAAAAGACAGUCCCUAAAGCAAAUGACUCCCAGCACCCAGGAAUUUUAUGUAGAUUAUAAACCCACCAACACGGAGACCAGCGAGAUGCUGCUGAAUGGGACGGGACCCUGCACCUAUAACAAAUCGGGCUCCAGGGAGUGUGAGAUACCUUUAUCAAUGAAUGUGUCAACCUUUCUGGCAUACGACCAGCCCACAAUAAGUUACUGUGGGGUGCAUCAUGAACUUCUCUCCCAUAAGUCCUUUGAAACGAAUGCACAGGAAGAUACGAUGGAAACACACCUAGAGACUGAGCUGGACCUGAGCACAAUCACAACAGCUGGCCGAAUCAGUGACCAUAAACAGCAGCUAGCUUAACUGAGAUCACUGGUAGCCAGGGGUUGCUACCAAACUUUGUAACCUCAAGGACAAAAUGAGGAAGAUGUGUUCAUUGUGGACUCUAAAAACAAAGCAAAACACAAAAUCCCCUGUUCAAAUAAACAAAAAAUCCAAGAUUGAUUCAUGAAAUAAAGAAGACAUGAAUUGUUUUAAGUCUACACUUUGUAAUUAGCUAAGUUGUGCAGUAUUUUUUGACUUAAACAGAGUAUGACCCUGAAAAAUAAAAGAAUCUUUUUUUCAAAACUCAUCCUACCUACCUGUAAAAACUGUACAAAGCUAAUGUAUUUUUCAUAUUGUAAAAUUUCAAUUGUAGAAACAACUGGUAUGUACAGUACCAUAAUUUAAUUACAUUUUACUUUAAAAACUACACAUUUCAGUUUCUAAAAUUUUAAAUUAACAAAAAUUAUUUCUUGCGUUACUCAGAGUUACUCAGUUUUGUAGGGACUGUUUUGUUACUGCUUUUGUGCCCAGAAACCUUGACUCUAAAAUUCUGUGCUGUGCGAAACAUGCACGAUUUUUAUUAUGCUUACUGCGUAGAAUUUUAUCUACUUGUUCCAGAAAUAAUACAUUAACCAAAAAGGAUUUAAUUGUUCAGACUUGUAAGAGGUUCUUCAAUUACAUAGACAGGUUUUUCUUAAAAAUGAAACAAAAAAUCAAAGAUUUUUUUAACAGUUCUCAGACUUAACUGUUGCCUUGAAUUACAGCCUAGUUUCUAAGCAGUGAAAUGUAAUGAUAAAGAGGGAUAUUUUAACAUAUUUCCGAAUGAGUGACUCAUUAUUUCAUUCUUUUGAGUAACCAUUGUUAAGGGUUGGGGGGAAGCAUGGACAAAACAUCACUGGAAACAAAGGCUGUAACCACAGCAACAGACUUUGUGAUACAGUUAAAAGGUGCAGCUACCAGUGACAAAUAAAAACUUUUGUUACAUCUCAUUAUUUUCAGGCCAAGGUGGGAGUAUAGUGCAUAAUAAUUGUACAGUAGCAAUUUUUCUCCUAAUUAACCCAUAGCCGUUUGCCUAAAAGUAACCAUCAGUCAGUGCAAAAUGUGCCUGGUUCUUAAGACAACUUUUUAUUUAGAACCAUGAGACCAGUAUUUUGGAAACAUUUCAAAGGAAACAUAUGAAUUUUUUUUUUUGCAUUGUGCACUAUAUCAUUUCUCUCCUGAGGAAGAAUUUUAAACAUGUACAGCUCAUUCAAUAUUGAUAUGAGCCACGGUGCAGAACUUUAUCACUCGAGUAGACUGUAAACAUCCUCAGUAUGUUCUAAAUUGUUUAUAUUGCUAUCCAUAAUGGGAGUCACCUCCAAAUUAUCAAAGAAAUAACUCAGAGUAAUUUGACACCAGCCCAGAUCACAUAUUGAUUAUACGAUUGUAUUAUAAAGUUAACUCAAAUCAAAUUAAGAAAACCUGAGUUUUGAGAAGCUGAAAUAAUCAACUUGUUUGUGCUGUUUGCUUGACAUAGGUUAUUGUUUGAAAAUAUUGUUACUUUAUCAAUAGUAAUCAUGCAUUCUUGUGUUGUUUUUUUUUAAUGGAAAACUGCAAGUUUCAAUUUACUGUUGCACUAGAAGUGCUUUUAUGUUGUCAUUUUAUAUUCAUGCCAUCAAAAGUAGAUUGACAUAUCAAUCUAACAGGGGUCAAUCAAAACAAUGAAGAAAAGAAUAACUGAAAACAAUGUCAAACUUUUAAAUUGUUAUCUCUUCCAAAGAAAUUAUAUCUAUAAAAUCUAGUUUUAUGCAGGUUUGUCACAGCAAAUUUAAAAGCAGCUUCAAGAAGAAUGAACUCAGAAACUGUGGAGCAAAUCUUUGUUGAAAAUAUAUAAAGUCAGAAAGAAAAAGAUGUAAAUGUUGGAAGAAGCAAAUUCUAUUACUAAUUCAAAUGAAACUAAAUGUCAAACACAGUACUUGUGUCAACUAUUUAGCAUCCCAGAUUUUGUAACAUAUUUUGCAUAAAUUAUUUGCUAUUCAAAAA